AUGAUCAGUAGCGCACGCGUGAGCAAAUUAGAAGCGAGCGAUCCAAAAUCAUUAGAAAUUAUUCAAAAGUACGAAAAGUCUGCUUUAGUUAAUUUGACGACCUUUAUGAGCUUGGCAGUGGUUACAAUAAGUGGUUUAUCAACCAGGCCUGUGAUGGAACAUAAAAUAAAAGGCGAUGACAGAAUACUGCCAUUUAUUGGAUGGUAUCCUUAUAAUAUAAUUGCUUCACCAGCUUAUGAAAUCAGCUACAUUCAUCAAAUUUUUGGAUUUUUUUUGUCAGCUUGUGGAGAUAUUAUGCAUGACGUGCUAAUGGCAAACUUAAUGGGUUUAUUUUGCUGCCAGCUAGAAUUAUUAAUGAAUAAAAUCCAGAAUUUAACGGAUCGUGUACAAGAAGAGGAGGAAUUGUAUGAAGAACUAUGUAAAUGCAUUGAUAAGCACGAAGAAAUAUAUGUUGGAACUAAGUGUUUACAGAAUUGCUUGAGCCCAGCAGUAUUUUUGCAUUUUUCUGUGACUAGUUUAAUUCUAUGUGCAUCUUUAUACCAGUUAGCCAAGCUGUCGUCACAUGGGGCUUCGCUAAUGGCGGUCAUAACAUCAUUGGGAUAUUUUUUCUCUAUGUUAUAUCAAUUAUUUCUUUACUGUUGGAACGGCAACCAACUUCUAGCGCUGCGAUUACAUACUUUAUACAGAGUACUUCAAGUGUCCGAAGCUGCUUACAGGCAAAUGGUAUAUUACUUCAACAAAUUCCGAGCAAGUUUGCGAAUGAUGAUGAUGAGAUCACAAAAGCCUAUUCGAAUCACUGCUGGGUCAUUUAUAAAUCUUACAUUACAAACAUAUGUAGCG